AUGCAACACUGUGAUUAUUAUCUGUGCCUCACCGUCUACAUCGUCACCUUCCUCACCGGCUUCCCCACCAACGUCUUGGCCUUCUACACGCUCAGCCGCAAGAUUUGGAGGAAGCCGGCACCCAUCGACAUCCUCCUUCUCAACCUGAUCAUCUCAGACUUGCUCUUCCUCAUCUUCCUCCCCUUUAAGAUGCAAGAAGUGGCCAAUAAUAUGGUAUGGAAUAUUGAAUACUUUCUGUGUCCGCUGUCUGGCUUUGUCUUCUACAUGACCAUCUACAACAGCACCUUCUUCUUGACCGCGGUGAGCGUGGAGCGCUACCUCGGCGUCGCGUUCCCAAUCCAGCACUCCCUGCGGAGAAGACCCAUCUAUGCCGUGUCCGCCAGUAUCUUCAUCUGGGGGUUUUCCAUCCUCCAUCUCAGCAUUGUCUACAUCGUGCCCUACUACAACCCAUCCGGGACGGUCCCGCCAUCCCGAAACGUCUGCUACGAAGGAUUCACCGACGCUCAACUCGAGAUCCUCUUGCCCGUACGCUUGGAGUUGUGCAUUGUUCUCUUCUGCGUUCCCUUGUUUAUUUGCAGCUUCUGCUACAUAAACUUCAUCCGCAUCCUUUCGAGGCUGCCAAACAUCGGCCGACGGAGAAAGCUGCGGGCGAUUGGAUUGGCUUUGGGGACGUUGUUGGUGUUUGUGCUCUGUUUUGGACCCUACAACGUCUCCCAUGUGGUCGGUUUCAUAACCAAGUCAAGCCCAGCUUGGAGAGACAAAGCCCUUCUUCUCAGCACGUUCAAUGCUUGUUUGGACCCGAUUAUUUUUUACUUCACCUCUGCGGCUUUUAGAAACACAAUUGGGGCGAUGGUGAGGGGCAUUUGGGGUAGAUGUUGGUGUCCACAAAUCCUAUGGAGCUCCAAGAAGGAGCAUCCUGAAACUGAGAAAAACAGUCUGCCGAAACCACAAGAGGUCACAAACGCACUUUGA